AUGGCGCCGAGAAGCUCUUUAGUUACUACCAGUACUGCAGUGUUUUCCUUUAUAAUUCUUUACCUCGCCAACAUAACAGCCAAACACCGCCAUUCCACCAUCAUCGACCACCACCAUCAUCACCAUGACUCAAGUGCAUCAAACCCACGACUCCAACAAGCUUACCUAGCACUUCAAGCAUGGAAACUCGUGAUUUACUCCGACCCUUAUAAUACUACUACAGAUUGGAUUGGGCCUUCAGUUUGCAGUUACACAGGAAUAUACUGCGCUCCGUAUCCAAACGACACAAAUAUCCAGACGGUUGCCGGAAUCGAUUUAAACCACGCAGAUAUCGCCGGAUUCCUCCCUAAUGAACUCGGCUUGUUGUCUGACCUUGCGCUACUCCAUCUAAACAGCAACCGCUUCUGUGGCAUCCUCCCUCUCACUUUAUCGAAUCUCACUCUCCUCUUCGAGCUUGACCUAAGUAACAAUCGAUUUGUGGGUCCUUUCCCUUCUGUCGUCAUGUCCCUCCCUAGCCUCAAAUUUCUCGACCUCCGUUUCAAUGAAUUCGAAGGGCCAUUGCCGCCGGAGCUCUUCAACAAAAACCUAGACGCCAUUUUCAUCAACAGCAAUCGUUUAACGUCUGUGAUUCCUUCGAAUUUGGGAUCGAGCACGGCUUCUGUGGUGGUUUUCGCGAACAACAACUUGGGAGGAUGUCUCCCGCCAAGCAUUGCAAACUUCGCAAACACCAUGGAAGAACUGCUGCUGAUUAACACGAAUAUAUCGGGGUGUUUGCCGGAGGAGGUGGGGUUUCUUUACAAGUUAAGGGUGUUGGAUGUGAGCUCGAAUAAGUUGGUGGGUGAAAUACCUUACAGCAUUGCAGGAUUAGCUCAUUUGGAGCAGCUAAAUUUAGGGCAUAAUAUGAUGAGUGGGGUGGUUCCAUUGGGUGUUUGUGAGUUGCCUAAUUUGGUAAACUUCACGUUUUCGUACAACUAUUUCUUUGAGGAAGAGGGUGUUUGUGGGAAUUUGACGUCGGUGGGGAUUGUGGCGGAUGACCGGAGAAACUGUCUGCCGGAGAGGCCUCUUCAGAGGAGCAAGAAGGAAUGUGACGCAGUGCUUGAACAUCCUGUUGACUGCUUUGAGCUUCCCUGUGGUCAUACUCAUUCAUGA